AUGGAGAUUUUCUCUGUCUUGUCCGAACCGUCCCUCGUCACCGUCGCCGUGACCGCGCUCUGUUUUCUCCUCGCGCUAUUCUCUCUCCUCCGAUCGUUCUCCCUUCCCCGGAGAUUCACGCCGCCGAGGAAGCACCACUGCGAUUGCGCCUCCGAUUCCGGCUCCUUGUCCGCCGCAGGCACCGUGUCCUACCUCAACGGCGCCGCCGAAAUGCUCGAGCCCAGUCCAGUUCCGGCUCCGGUGGUCUUGGCGGAGCGGCGGACGGGUUCGUCCAUGAUGGAGGAACUGGUUCCGGAGAUUACGACGCACGCGCUCAGUUACUUGGAUUAUCCCAGUCUCUGUCGCCUCUCCAUGACCAAUUCUUUGAUGCGAAAGGCUGCGAAUGAUGAUAACGCUUGGAAGGCCUUGUAUCACAAGGACUUCACAUUGGAACAAGAUAGUAUCACACCCACUAAUGGGUGGAAGGCGUACUAUGCUGCAACAAGAGCAAUUGUGAAUAUUAAUACAGAAUUCUUCAACAUUGUAAGAGAUAAGUCUCUUCCAUCAAUGAGUCGUUUUUGGCUGAAUGCAGAUUAUGUGAAGUGCAUACAUGCUUCAGGAGAACUCUUUUCUGGGUUUAAUGCAGUAAUGCAGAGUUGGCAACUAGUAUUCAACUGGGAGCAAGGAUUGAAUUUUCAGGUUAGAGAUGUUCGCGCUCGCGUCUUGGCAGACAUGGCUUGGGUUACCAUGAAAACAUAUGUUGACAUGGAUACAGGGCCAUUCAAUGUGACCAAUGUUUUUGAGUUCCAUAAUGGACGGUGGUAUAUGGUUCAUCAUCACAGUUCUGUGAUGAAUGGGGAUGUGGACCAUCAUAUAGUGCAUGGAUAA